AUGACUGCUCCGUUGGAAAUCGUUGGGUUUCUUUUGUGCUUGGGUGGGUGGGCGAUUAUUGGAGCUACUUUGCCGAAUAAUUACUGGAAGGUCUCCAGCGUAUAUGGGAGCGUGAUCACAACGUCGACGUUGUUUGAAAACCUGUGGAAGAGCUGUGCAGAAGACAGCACCGGAAUAUCCAACUGCAGGGAUUUUGACUCUAUGCUCGCACUGCCUG